CCUCCGCAGUGACCGAUCAGCGUCGCCGUUCGCCAGCCCCGGCCGGAAGUGCCGCUCCGGGUGCUGGGCGGUUCCGCCGCUCCAUGGUGAGGCGGGGGUAGGGCAGGGCGAGGGCCGGUUGAUGGCCGCCGCGAGCCGUGCUGCCGUCGCUGGGGGAACGCGGAAGUCGAGUGCCGGCGUCCCGGUCGCAGAAAGUCCGCGGCAAGGUUGAUCUUCAUAGAAACUACUAAAGACAUCAGAGAAUUCAUUUGAGGCAAAAUCAACGGUUCUCAGAAAGCAAUAUGGAUCCUUGUUCAGUUGGAGUUCAGCUUCAAACUAACAAUGAAUGCCAUAAGACCUAUUAUACCCGUCACACUGGCUUCAAGACUAAGCAAGAUAUAUCUUCCACUGAUCUACUGUUACUGCAGCUUAGGACUGGAACGACCCUUUCAGACAACAACACCAUCUGCUUCCACCAUGCCAAAAUUUACAUUGACAGAUUUGAAGACUUACAAAAGUCAUGCUGUGAUCCCUUUAACAUACACAAGAAACUGUCAAAGAAAAACCUACGAGCAAUUGACUUAGAUGACGCCACUUUUCUGAGUGCCAAGUUUGGCAGACAGUUUGUCCCUGGUUGGAAGCUUUGUCCCAAAUGUAUGCAGAUUAUCAAUGGCAGCGUGGAUGUGGAAUCUGAGGAUCGCCAAAGGAGAAAACUUGAUACAGAUGGGCGUACAGCUAAGGCCUUGAAGUCUUUACAGUUUACUAAUCCAGGACGACAGACUGAAUUCACUCCUGAGACCAGUAAGAGAGAAAAAAGAAGGCUGCAAACAAAAAAUGCAUCCUUUAGUUCAGACAGGCAAGUUAUACCAGCCAAGAGUAAAGUCUACGAUAGCCAGGGACUGCUACUUUACAGUGGUAUGGACCUCUGUGACUGCCUGGAUGAAGACUGCCUGGGGUGUUUCUAUGCAUGCCCCAAGUGUGGCUCCAACAAGUGUGGAGCUGAAUGUCGCUGCGACCGCAAGUGGCUCUAUGAGCAAAUUGAGAUAGAAGGAGGAGAAAUAAUUAGAAAUAAACAUGUUGGUUAGUGUAUAUGUACAUUAUUUAUCCACAGUGUGUGUUCCAUGCUUUGAUUAAACUCAGCACAUUCAUUUUUUAGUGGUUUAAUGAAAGCCAUGGGAAUUUAUCACAAUCCACAUGAAAAUGAAUGUGAAAAAGAGCACAUUAGUCAGUGUGAUUAUGGAGAUAAUCAUACUACUGUCUUACCACAUUUUAUUCUAUGUUGUACUCAGUCUUGUUGAUCAUCCCAGUAAGUUCUCAUAGAGCAAUCUUUCACUGCAUGCAAGUAUAAGGCAUUCAGUUUCAUGUGAUAGACCUGAAUGUCUCACUGUCAUUUCAUAUACUGUUUUGUAGAGUCUGCCAUCUCCACGUAUUCCUCAUUUUUUCCUUCUCUAGUUCAGGAUCUCAUAAUUUUGUAUCUGUUUUAUGUGAAACACUCUAAAAGUCAUCAGUGGCUUCACAUGCAGUAUUAAUAAAAGCUCUCUCCAGUAUUAAUAGUGAAUGCUAUAUAUUCUAUAAAUUAUCCCAGAUACAUCUGAUACUUUCAGUCUUAUUCAAUCAAAUGGUUUCAAAGGCCUUUAGUUCAGAUCCCAUCCAAGUUCCUGGAUUUUGAGAUCCAAGUUAUCCAUAUGAAUUCAAGCGUCACUGUUAAAAGUGCUAUUGAACUGGCAAGGCAUUGAAAAAUGUUAUUUAAUUGUGGUAGUGUUUUGUUGGUUUGUGUAUAACACAAUUUAAAUAAUUUUCCUAUAUUUAUUGUCAGUCUGUAAUUGGACUGAUAUUUAACAGCACCUAAAGGUAAAGGUUUGCAUGAAAUGAAUUUGAGUGUCUUAGUUUCCAAACUAAAGAGUAUCCAGACAUCUGGGGAAAAAAAAGCAAGCAAAAAAAAGUUAUGUUUGAUUAUCUAUCCUUAGUACUUUAAAAAUUGACAUUAUAACUAGACUUGGGGAAAAGAGAUUUCAUAACUGAAGUCUUAGUAACAUUCAGUAUUAUCCUUGCUUGUGUUUUGCAUAAUUUUUUUUUCUUUCUGGGAUAGACUUGGAAGACGUGAAUGUUUAUUGGGUCACACUGUUGACUUUUGAAGACUUACUUAGUAAAGCAGUAUAAUCUUGCUAUUUGUUUAUUUUCUUUUCUGGUAAGUGUUAAAGAAGGUUGCAUUGCAAAACUCCAGAGUUAUGCUUUGAACUGUACUGACAUCUCCUGGUCCUAGUGAAGUAUAAGCAUCAAUUUAGGCUACAUUUUUAUUAAAUCUGCUACAAAAAUAAACAGACUUUCUUCUUUGGGUCAGAGCAUUGGCUGCUCUUCCAAUAGAUGUGUGUCUUAUUUGCCUUGGGUGCCAGCUCCAUUUAUCACAAGAACCAUCAUGUAAGUUUUAGGGAGAGCAGCACAUCUUUACACUUUUCCAGAUAGCAACACCACAAUUUACUAAUAGUAGAGUCUUUGCUUACAUGCAGGUGGGAUUAAGUACAUUUUACAAUGUGUACUACAGAGCACGCUUCUCCUGACACAGCAAUUAAUCUUGUGCACUUGAUCCACAUUUGGAAGCCUGUCAUCUCUUAAGCAACCUUUUGAAUUAGGUGAAAACAUGAAUAGCUAUCUCUGUGAAGGCAAGAGGGGGAAAAAGUUGGUCCAAUCUUGUAGUUUUUAUGUAUUAUUAUUUUUUAGUCUAGAGCACAGUUGGCAGUACCCAUUGUUAACUUAGGCUUCCAACUGCUUGGUGAAUAUAACUUAUCACUGAAAUCCACAGAAUUUGGAUUCAGUUAAAACAGUUCACUGAAGUGAAAUAUGAGUCUACCUCUACCUUAAAUUGCCUAGGUGAUCACAUUAUUAGAGCUGUAUUUCUCCAUUAAGUCUGAACAGUUAGUAUAUUGUCUCUUACAGAUUCACUGGCUAUGAAUACUUUCCUAAAUAAAUCACUUGAUUUCUGACAA